ACACUUUCACGCUUUCACACACAUCCCUUCACACCACGACACACCUCCAAUUGGAUCACAGCGUCUCUCCACCUAGUCUCGGCGACGACGCGACCGCCACCACGUUUGGCACACCACCACCACUUUCCCGCUGUCCUACCACCCUUGCUUCACUCGUACAAAGUCGUCCUCCCUCGCUCAGGAGCACGCUCUUCUCGCACUUCUUCGACACGCUCAGCGAUAAUCACACGUCUCUUGACCUCUUCUGAGCCAUCAAUCGGCUACGACACCUCACAGCUAGACGAGUCCCUCUUCGCGAUCGCCCAACAUGGACGGCUGGCAGGCAGUGCAGAAUUGGACGAUCUUCGGCGUCGUCGCCGGUGGUCUCGUUUAUUACUACUACCCAAAGAGCACCCCGGUUCACAAGGCGGUCCCGAUACAUGACUUUGACGAGGUCAAGAAAGAGGUCAAGAAAGCCGUUCGCAAGCCAGAGGCAGCUGCGAAGAACGCGGCCCCGAGUGCGCUCGUACAGGACACACAGAAUGUCAACCCAUCCGGCAAGGAGAAUGGCAACAAGAAGCGGAAAGCCACUACACAACCAUCCGUCUCACCACCGGCUCCUGCGGCGCAAGAGGAUGAUGAUGAUGAAAUUGACAUGAGCACCCGCCAAUUCGCCGCGAACAUGAAGAAGGCGAGAGAAGGUAUCGACAUGAAGAAAGUGGAAAGCAAGGACACACGUGUCAAGACGGUCAAGGCCAAGAGCAUGACCUCGCCAAUCCUCUCUUCGGGCUCUUCUCAGACUGGAGAUGCCGAAGAUGACUGGGCACCAGCUGGCAAGGCCGGCGCUGUCGAUGACAUGCUCGAGCCCACCGCUCCCGGUCCGAAAGCUCUGAAGAUCACUGCCUCUUCUCAGCCGACCAAGGAGAAGGUCAACAGGGCUGCCAAGCAGGAGGUUGUGGAGACCAAGAAACAGCGUCAAAACCGCCGUAAGAAGGAGGCCGAGAAAGAGGCCCGUCAAGAGGCCGAGAGGAUUCGCAAGGUCGAGGCGGAGCAGCAACUUCGCGCUGCCCGUAUCGCUCGUGGCGAGCCAGCAAAGAAUGGCAUUCCAAUCCCAGCCGCACCAGCCAAGAACCAAUGGACCGAGCAGAACGGUGCCCGCCAGCUUCAGCAGUCUGCUACGGCGUCGUCCGGUAACAACACUGCACUUCUCGACACGUUCGACGCAGAGUCCACUGGCAGCUCCAACGCGGGCGCCAGCACUGCCGCGACCUCGAUCGCCGACGGAGCCCAGUCCGAGGAUAACAACUUCGCCAAAGCCAUCGAUGAAAGCGGACAAGAGACUGGAUGGAACGAGGUCAAGACCAGCAAGAAGUCCAAGAAGAAGGACUCGCAGGUUGAGACCAAUGGCAGUGCUACACCCGUUGCUGCACCUGUCAAGGCCGCACCAGCCGUCAAGCAGGUCGCUCCGGGUACCAAACCCAAGGGCUUUCAGGCAUUGACCGACGAGUACGAGCAGCGCGCCGAUGUUGCGGACCCAAACGACGCUUCCAACUGGGACGCGUGAAAGCCGUGAGCAUCCCAACCUGGAUCGUACGUUCGCAUUCGAGCUGUGUCACACUACGAAGUUUGGCGCUUCUGAGUGUACCUUGAAGCUCGACUAUCAUUCCUUGCGCCAUCGACAGGCCUUUUCGACUUAGCGCUUGCGACUGUUUAUCCACACGUAUCGUUUGGGCAACAUUUGGGGCAUGUCGUGCGAGCUCAGCUGUUACCGAAAUUCUCGACAAAUGCUGUCGUCCAGUCAUCUGGCGAUUUACGAGGCCCAUGGUCUCAUGUGGAUCGCCAUGCGGACAUUUCAUCGCCCUGGUAUCUUAUGAGCGAAUCAAUUUCUGGAUUUGUACUUUUGUGUUUUUGAGAUCACCAAUUUGGCGUUCAAGGCCACAUGGCCGGGAAAAGGAAGCAGGGAAAGGGUGUCGCAUUGGCACCGAGUCGACUGCGACGACACAGACUGUGGAAAGGGAAG